GCUGAGACCAUUUUUAGCGCAGUAAGAUCAGUGACAAGAAGACACCAAGAGAAAUCGAGGAUUGAGAUCCCUCGAAUUACCAUCUGCAUCCCACCCUCCCUCUCCCCUUCACCCUGAACCAUCUAUUUCAAAUAUUGGGAGAGAAAAAGGGGAUUAUACAACAUGAGUGAAGUAACAGCUGAAGAACCAAAGCCCAAAACACCAGGGGCUGAAGCAAGUUCUCCAUCUGCUUCAAGUGAAAUAGAACGGAAAGUGCUGGCUACUAAAGUCCAGGGAACUGUGAAAUGGUUCAAUGUGAGAAACGGCUAUGGGUUCAUUAACAGGAAUGACACCAAAGAAGAUGUCUUUGUCCACCAGACAGCGAUUAAGAAAAAUAAUCCUCGCAAGUACCUGCGGAGUGUAGGGGAUGGAGAGGUGGUGGAAUUUGAUGUUGUUGCUGGGGAAAAGGGGGCGGAGGCGGCCAAUGUGACAGGCCCAAAAGGAGCACCAGUACAAGGCAGUCGCUAUGCGGCAGAUCGGCGCAGAUACCGCCGCGGUUACUAUGGACGAAGGAGAGGUCCCCCAAGGGAGGGAGGAGAUGGUGAGAUAAAAGAUGGGGUUCCAGAAAUGGUCCAGACCCAGCAAAUCAAUCGUCAGCCUGCUGGCUACCGCCCAAGAUAUCGCCGACCCAUGAAUCAACCAAGAUCUAUUCCACCUACUGGAGAAAUGGAAAACAAGGAGAAUCAGAAUGAGACUGCAGCCCCUGACCAGCAACAACUGAAUCGCCGUGGAUUCCGAAGACCGUACAACUACCGGCGUAGACCUAACCCAGGAACUGCUCCAGCACAGAUGAGUGAAACCCCAGCUGAGAAGCCUGUGCCAGCAAGUGAGAAAAGCAAUGCUGCGUAAUUUGAGAGACCCGGGCGUCCAUCAUGUGCAAAAUGAGAGCUGAGAAAAGACAGACAGACGAGGCCUCGCACUACUUUCCUUCGUCAGUGAGCUACAAUUGCCCAAUGAUCAGGAGGGAGACAUCCUGCCUACUUGCUGUUAGGAUAGCAUGCUGCUGAUAUGCUUGGAAUUCAUGGGAUUCAGACACCUCUUAUCCACUUACUAGUGAAGGGGAUACAAACUUUAUAUGUUCUUAGAAAGAGAUUGUUUAUUUAUUGGAAAUUCCCAUUGAUCUUUUGAUACCAAAAAAGAAAUAAUCAUUGAUGGAGGAAUAGGGUAUUUACCUAUAUAUGACCAGCUUUGGUCUAUAUAAAAGUAUGCUGACCUUUCCAUCUCAGAAUAUUCACCUUGCAUCAAAGAACCGUCCGAUCCCCAAAUUUAAUUUGAGCCCCCAAAAUGUAAUCAAAGGCUCAUUCCAAUGCUAUUAUAGCCAACAGGUUAUAAUGUACAAGACACUGCUGUUAACUAUGUGACUCGCGUCACAGUAAGGACGGUUACACGUUGCUUUUCCCAGUCUAUACCUGCAUGCUUGAACCAGAAACCAAAGCCACCCCUCCUAGCUGUUGCAAUGAGACAAGGCUUGCCAUCAUGGCUUGUGUAACAUCCUUGGUAUACAGCAGCAUGCUUGCUUUUUCACAUGCCCAGCAGAAUCCAUGGAUGCCUUAAAAAAAAAAAUCAGUUGGUGUAAAAGAACAUAAAGUUGUGGCAAAAAAA